AUGGGACACAGGAUGGAGAACGUCCAAUAUUUCCCUGAAAGAACGCGUGAGCUCACUGGUCUUCUAACCCAGACUGUAUUGCCCAGUCCUGUAAUCCAGUGGAUUUUACCCGCACGGAUUCGAUGCGGACAUCAUAACGAUGUCGUAUUCGUGGGCCAGCGUCGCAUUCAGGUCAAGGAGGCUUCUGAUCGGGGCUUCUUGGACGAUGUGACUGAGAAGAAUGACUUUGACUACCCCAUCGUUGGGGUCAAGGCUAUCAAUGUGAACACUGAACUUCCAUGGGAGGCUCAGUUACGAACAACCAUCGAUGACGAUUCAGCGGAAGGGUCUGCCUACACAGCACAAGAUCUUCCUUCGCAAAUCCUUAUCCUGUCACUCGAGAUGAGGGAACUUCAAUUCCUGUACUAUACAAUGUCUGGAGACAAGAAAUUUAUCACCUACCGCAGACCCUUGCCGGUCGACGUGGACCUAGCAGAAAGGUUCGGGAAGCACAUCGCUGUAGACCCGAAGUCUCGUGCUAUUGCUGUCGGAGCCUCGCGGCAUUAUUUUGGCUUGUUCCUUUUAAAGUCUUCCGCCGCAAUCCAGCAGCAAAUGUCUCAACAAAGGCUUGACCCUAUCAAGAGUGAAUCUUUCUUCAGAUGUGAAGGAACCAUCCAAUUCAUGGAGUUCCUGUACCCCAAAGCCGCCGAUGACACGAGAAUCAUUCUCCUGGUGGUUACAUCAACGCCUGAAGGCUCGUUCGCUAGAAUAUACCACUGGGAUGAUUGUGAUUUGAGACCGGCUCUUCCGAACGUUGUAGAGUUCAAGCUCCGCAAAGAAGAUCGACUGCCCACAAUGAUUGUCCCCUUGACCAAGGAGUCUUCCUUCCUGGUCGUCACUAGCAAAUCCAUGGCUGUCUAUCCAUCUGAUUCUACGCAUCCCCGUCCAAUGAAGUAUCCUCUUAUCGCACCCGACAUCGAAUUCAAGGAAACAUCAUUGUGGACGCAGUGGGCUCGUCCCGCUCGAAAUUGGCUGUACAGUCGGAAGACAGACGGGAUCUACAUGUGCCGUGAAGAUGGAUGGAUCUACUUUUUGGAAUUUGGUAAUGAAGGCGGCCUUGAAUCUCAGACCAGCUUGGGUCAGUUGCACUGCGAUGUUGACUCCGCUUUUGAUGUCUUGGACGUGGGUCAUGAAGGUGGUGACUUCAUCUUAGCUGCGGGAAGCAUGGGAGAUGGGGGUCUUUUCAUUCAAGAGGCUCGCAGCAAGCCCCGGUGUGUUCAAAGAUUCCUCAACUGGGCCCCGGUCACAGAUGCGGUCAUGAUUCGUGCAGAGAAACAUGGCAAUGCAACCAGCGACGUAUCAAGAGACAGGUUGUUUGUCUGCUCUGCUUCAUCUGGUUCCGGAGGAAGUGCGAUUCAUGAGCUGAGGCAUGGUUAUGAGGCACAGGCUGGCUAUACGGUCUCUUUGGAUGACUUUUCAGGCGUACGAGACAUGUGGGCCUUCAGCGAGGGUGCCAACGGAGGUGCAUACAUACUCUUCUCUCACCCCACAUCCGCCUUGCUUCUUUUCAUGAACCCAGGCCACGAAGACAUCAUUUGCGCAGUAGACGAAAGUGAAACGGGAUUUGAGAAUGUCCUAACGCUUGCGGCUGGCUUCACACCUACCGGCAUCCUCAUCCAAGCGACCCAGAAUGGCACAAAUUUCUUUGUACCUCUUCGUCCUGAGUUGAAUACCUCCGUAUCUCACGCACCAGAGGCGACCGUGGUCGCCGUCGCUAUUGAUGACGUGAAUUCGUCUAUGGUCGUUGCUUAUCGGUCGACGAAUGGUCUGACACUUGCACUGAGUCGAAUAGUCUUGCAGGAUUCGGCUAUCAAUCUCAGAACCUGUAUGCCCGUUCAAAUCGAGAAAGAGCCCGUUUGUCUUUCUCUUCAGUUGCUGGGGGAUACCGAAUUCCUUUUUUCGGGUACGAGCGAUGGCACUAUCACCGUGUUCUUUGUCGAGCAAGAUACCUUGAAUUAUCUCUCCGAAACCACUGUGUCGGUGGAAUCAGUUCACGAGAUUUCUCGAGCAAUAGAUAGCUUCUCCGUGAUUCGCCAUAUCGAUCAUGGAGUUUUGCGAGCUCAUCUGCUUUGUGGUCUUCGCGGCGGCGUCUUGAUCCCGUUCAAGAUCGACUUCAAUGCCCCCACGCUGAUAGGUCUUCUACAAGGCCCAUCAAAGCAAAUAGGGAUGACAUCAGUUCGCCUGCAAGAUCACGGCACAUUUGCCAUGCUUGUCUGUGACCACGAACUGUGGCAAGUCACUACCAGUGCCGAUGGUGAUCUGAAUGACUGCUUCCUGUCAAGAGUUUGGAUCACAGAACAAUCAAAUCCCGCCUACUUUCCUGCCCGAGUUCAUAGCUUCGGUUUGGUCAGACAGGAAAGCCAAGGGACAGCUCAUGCUCUCGGGCCACUUUUCUCUUUCGCGGACAAUUUACUGCUAAAUUGCUCGCUGUCAUCUGAGAGCAAGAUAGUGCCGCGUCGAAUUAGCGUCCCAGGCACGGCUCGAAAAAUGAUUUACUCCCCCAAUCUUCGAAAACUUUUACUAGCUUACGAUACGAACGAGGCCGAAGACCUGAGCAGCCCGGUUGAUAUUUUUUCAAGAUCUUGCUUGGCACUUGUACAUGCUGACACGCAAGAACCUGUCAACCCGGCAGGAUGGCCGCAAAUGCCACGGUCAUCGGCCGGCGAGAGGAUCUUAUGCAUGAUGGAUUGGAGCUCCCAGAGGGACGGUAAUAUUCACCACUUCAUCGCGGUUGGAACCUCCCUUCCUGCAAAGCCGAGGGGCAGUGUUUGCGGACGGCUCAUCUUGCUCCAUUCUCCCGGUCUGGACAGCCCGACAGGAGCCCAACUGAAAACUCAACACGUGCAAGACUUUGCUCAUGGACCUAUUCGUUCAAUAGCGGCGUAUGAAGACACGCUCCUUAUCUGUUCGGGAAAGACUCUUCGCCCCGUUGCGUCGCGGGGAGCAUCGAUCAAAUGGACUUCUAAUAGCUGGAUCGAUCUUCCCUCCCCUGCGGUUACCAUAUCUGUCUCAAAACCGUUCGUUCAUAUCAGCACAGCCCGACAUGGGUUUGUAAUUUUGGAGGUGCUCAAUGACGGAACUCGUCAUUCAUUGAAGUUGCGCGGCUAUGACUCGCUUCCCCUCGACGGACUCACUCACUACGUCACACCCACCGAGCCUUCACUGGCAUUCAUUAGCGCACGGGGUGGUAAUAUUCGCGCUGGCAGGCUCUCAAACGAUACGGGUCUCCACACCGCUCCAAUUUUUGUACCUCCUGCCCCAGACGAGGCUGUCGUAUGGGAUACCGUCUUGAAAUUCAUUCCUAACCUGAAGGGUGACAUCUUGCCCGAAACGGCCUGGCAUCGAGGCGGCUCGGUGUACGGCAUAGCACUUACUGGGUCGGUCAGCCGCUUUACUAUCCUUCGGGAGGACGAGAGACGUCUUCUUCUCGCCUUGCAGGAUCUAUGUCAGAGAGAUGAAGCCCUUUGCUCAUCCCUAGCCGCACGGGAAAAGCGCAGAAAAUCUACGUGGACCGACUCCACAAAAGACAACACUCAGAUCAACGGAGACAUUCUUGUUCGUUUGGCGCGACAAAGGGCGGACUAUCUCGAAGAGCGGAUACAGACCAUUGAUCACCAGCGAGGCUCGCCGUUUUAUGACUCUUUCCUGCGCUCAUCAGCUCAGAGAGUACUGGGACCUUCGGAUAACUAUCCUCAGCAAAUUGUUGGCUGGAUCCGACACCUAUUGCAUGUCGAUGUUUAG